AUGCAAGUCUCCGAAAUCGAAAGAGAGGCCCUCUCUAGGAAUUCUCAACGAAGGGAAAUGGAAGCCGGAUUAUGGCUAGACCCAGCGCAGGUGGUGAACAAGGGUUCACCAUCGCUUACACCAGACACACGUGAUGAAGCAUCACCUCUAAAACCAGCGACUUCAAUUUUCAAGCUCCUUGAACAAACAGAGUCACUUCUUAGCUUGCCGAAUGAACUCUUGGAGCAAAUUUGCUUCGAGCUUCAUCCGUUGGAGGUCGCAAAAUGUCGUCGAUUGUGUAAACGCAUCAAGCAACUUGUCGAUGGUUCAACCGAACUUCAGCUUCGUAUCGACCUAGCAAUUGACGGUUGUCUCGUACGCGAUAAAGGAAUAAGCAUUGUCAAAAGAGCGAAGAGGUUCAAUGACAAGAAGAAAGAGGCCCUGGAGGAUAUGAACUAUUUCGCAACGUGGAAAGAGAAUAUAUCCCUGCAAGACCGCGGCCAUUUUGAAAGCCUAGGGCGUGACCCCGAUUCGGAUGGAUUUGGAACUCUCGUUUAUCGGGAAAUAUUACCCCCUGAAUCUCGCAGAAAGGGAUGGGCCCAUAAAUUGGAAAACCUGAUUAUGCCGGUUACCACCUUCUCGUUCUGGCUUCAAGGGGAUCUACAUGUGCUCAUAGAGCCCCGUGAUAAUAG